CAGUUUGUUUAUGUCUUGUGUCGGAAGGUGUCUUACUAGAGCCUCUCUGUCUAAUUUAUUGGUAAUUUAUCACUUAUCCGUCGUAAAGUUGGAGGAUCAUUCACGUCUCGAUAAAGAUAGUGUGCGGAGGCGCCCAUGAUGCCGGCGCGAGGUCACGGCGAGCGAAGCAGUAGGUGACCCUUGACCCAACGGAAGGCGAGCAUGACCUGGCGCGUGUGGCUGCGGGUCCCGCCGUCGCUGCGCUGAGGAGGAGAAGGAGGAGGAGGAAAAAGAGGAGGGAGAGAGAGAUAGAGAGGAAGAGAGGAAGAGGGAAAACGCUCGGAUUCCGCCGCCAGCGCCCCAUUAUCCAGAAGGAGUGAAUUCCGAGGACGCGGCUGCUGACGGAGGAGGAGGAGGAGGGCGCGCGGCGAGGGGCGGGGGCGCAGCAUGGACGGAGCGCGUCUCUCCGCCGACACGCGCAACAUCCCACACAUGCAGCUCUUCAUCCAUCUCAAGCAGAAGUUCCCGGACCUCAAGGACAACGACGUCAACGAAAGCAUACAGAAGUAUGGUUUGGAUCGCGAGCGUUGUGAGGAGGAAUUGUCGCAGAAGACACACAUCCACCAUGGUGGAUACUAUGGCCCUUGGGGACGGCCUGGCAGUUCCCUCUCCUUAACUUCGCCCUCCAGAGUCACCUCUCCCAUCCGGACAGGCAUCCCACCAACACCAACAACACCUGUCAUCACCAGCAGCACAGCUGUCACUCCACUGUUGCCACACACGAAUGCCACCCACCAUGUGUUUGGUCCCCUGCAGUCCAGUGGCUACCUAAUGUACAGCUAUGGCCCAGGAAUGGUAGCAGGACCAGGGCCAGUCUACACAUCGCCCAAUACAACUACCAUUGCAACCAGUCCUGUUUUAUUCCAGCCACCAGUCAAUAGUCCAGCUGACUAUGGGUGGCAUCCCUCUGUCUCUAAUGGUGUCCGAGGGGCAGCUGUUCAGCCUCUGAGACACUUGAUAGGAGGUGGAAGUGGCAGUGGGCCAGACACCCCGUACUCCUCUCGUGAAGCAUCCAAGUCACGUUCCAGCACACCUGUUUUACCUAACUCUGCGCCAGUUGUGCCUAAUUCAUUUGAUCCAUUCAGUGCAUGUGAAAAUCACCCAGUCCUGCCAGAGCGACGCAAAAGUGCAGAAACCCAGUUCGAUGGGAGAAGAGGACUCUUUUAUAAUGUACAUAAUCUUGAACAACAUUUUGAAAGACUAAAUGAUAGUGCACAUCAUUCCCCAACUCCCCCACUCAACAAUACCAUUGACUCACUUUCUACCCCCAUUACAACAACCACAACGACGAUCACCACCACCACAAGCAACUGCGUAGACCCCAGCAGCAGCAGCAACAGCAGCAGUGUCAGUCGACCCCCCCCAGGUCCGAGACAUGUCUCAUCUAUAUAUUUAACCCCUGUACUUCCACAUGGCGCUCACCAUAUUCCUGGGCCUCCUUCAAGUGAUGGCACAGUGUCAGUUUGUGGUCGGUCUUAUACCUCUGUAAACCUUCAGCUAAGACAACCGUCCACUGAUCCUCAACCACCUAUUCAAAUCCGCAGUAGCGGUUCUUCUUUAACUUACUCCACUUCUUCUCUUGAUCACCGCCAUGGUUCACGCUCUUCCCUUCAGAUAUCCAUAGGUCCCACUGGUGGCACUAUCUCCGCUAUGCGUACAAACCUUGACAAUAAAAAUUCCCAGGCCAACACAGCGUUCCACAUCCAGUACAGCUCAGGUGCAAAUGGUGGUUCCACUCCCACUGGGGCAGCAUUCCCCACAACUGAAGAUAUAGUGGGGCAGGAGGGGGUACAAGGCCAGACAAGGCGCCCACAGACAUGGUACAUGUCUGACCCUCCACCAACAGAGUCCAGACCACGCAAGUCAUCCCUACCAGAGUGUGUGGGGCCCCCUGUGUCCUUGCACCCCCUCCACUACCCCCCUAGUACUGAUGCCCCACUGGGUUACUCAGAAGGAGAGCCUGUCUGGGCAGUGCCACCUGCCAGGCCAGACAUGGCCUACACUCAAGCGCUAGUGCAGGAACAGAAUUUACGCAAAGAAAAGUUGAAUGCAGAGCUGGCGAAACAAAUAGAAGAGAAGGGUAAAUUAGAAAAGGAGGUAGAUAUGAUGAGGCGGGAAUUGGAAUGGCGCGAACGACAACGGAAGCAGAAUGCCGACAGAAACACGAAGAUGAUAGAGGAUGUACAGCAAGAAAAUCAGAGAUUACAGUCUGAAUGUUACGAAAUGGAAAAUAAAAUUUUUCGAUUAGCACCUGAAUUGGAACCAGAAUACCCCUUACACGUACCCUCAAAUCUACCCUUCAGUGAAGCCCCACUCAUCCCCCAGCUUACCAGACCCAGCUCUGGUUCCAGCCUUGGGGGCAGUGGAACAGGGACCCCCCAGACCCCACACACACCCCACACCCCGCACACUUCCCAAACCCCUGGGGUUUUCAUCCCUCCGACCAGACCUGCUCUGCCUCCGCCUCUACCUCCGACAUCAGUACCCAAUCACGGCUACUGCGUAGUCCAGGGAGUGCCAGGAGAUACAGUAGAUGAGGUGGGCCCUAAGUGGGCAUGUACCAAGUGCACCUUCAUCAACCACCCUGACAUGAACAAGUGCGAGAUGUGCGACUACCCACGCUUCACCAUAGGUACGGCCCCUUCCAACCAUGCAGCUCACCCCCCCAACCACCAGGGCCCUUGCUACUGUCACCGUCACCAUACUCCAGGGUCACAAGAGUAUCCAGGCUGGGCGAUGGUGUAGGCUUCCCUCUCGCCCCUUGCCCCAGCCCCCUCUCUCGGGUACAAAGUGAGAGACCUUCCUUAGCACUGUUUCUGUGGCAACACUUCCAUGAGAACCUGGGCCUCAUCUUCCAGCCUUAGAAGAUAAAAAUGUGCAGCUUACGUCUUCCAGACUCUCUGUGCUGUGAAAAGCUGUGGGAGCAUGAGAUUUUCUGGCCUUGUGCAUGCAACUGCCGUGGCCCAGAGCGUGUGUACUGUAACGACAAAUUAUGGAUUUCAUAUGCACCAUCUCUUGAGGAAAUUGCUCAAUUCCCAGUGAUAAGCGAUACUUUUUACUCUUUUAAAAUGCUACAUAAUCAUACAUUCAAAAUAUAUUUAUUUUGUACUGAACAACCAUGAUAUCUGAAGUCUAUUAUGGCUGUGUGACAGAAUAAUACUUGGAAUAGAUGAUUUUCAACACUUGUUUUCCCCAUCAAAGUUAUGAAGUUCAGAAUACUACUAAAUGAAGCCAGAUAUGUUCAAAGUCCCUAAAAUCCAGUCUAAGAAAAUGAGAAUAUUCAGUGACUCAUAGAUGCUCAUGCUUGAGAGAAAGAUAUCUUUAUAAGACACACAUGGCACUGCAUGCAUCAGCACCUCUUACUCUUGCACAAACAGAAGACUUGUGACCGAAGACUCAAGACACUGAUUGCACAUUAUUUCAUAAAGAGACAAAGAAAAUAGACAAUCUAAACUCUUUUACACUUCAGCAUGAGCAGCAGUCACUUUCAUUUCUGUGGAAUUAUGUACAAUAAUCAAGAAGGUUAGAAUAUGGGAUUAAAACCAAUGACUUCCACUGACUGCAGUGAUUGCUUUAAUUCUGUGCAGCUCUUUGGAAUUUAUGAAGGAUAAAAAAAAUAUAUGUUUAUCAAUAGAUUCCAAGUUAUGUCAUGGUUUGGUUGUGAUAUUUGAUGAAUGAUUUCCAUUCACAUGUAUUGACUUGCUCUAUUGGCAGUAACUGUACUAUAAUUUCUGUAUAUCAUAGAGGAUGAAAGACACUGGUCUUAUCUACUAUACUGGGAAGUCAAUAGAAGUUAUGUAAUCAAUCCAUUAUGCUGACUAUCAUUCCAUGGGCCAGAGUAGAUUUGCUCUUCUUUUCUUUAAAUAUUGAUGUUAACCUUUUUUUUUUUUUCUUUUUAUCCUAAGCACCUCUUUGAUGAUGAAGUACACUAUUUUUUGCGACUGUAUUUUAAAAAUCAUACUGCCCUUUGUGUAUAUUGAAAGACAAUGCAUGGAAAGCUCUGGCCCUUUUAUUUGUUUAGACUAUAACGAUUUGAUUGUGAAUUUCAAGACUUCGGGGAAAUAUCUGCAUUAUAUUGCUGGCAAACCAAAGAGAUUUAACAGUGGCCUAUUAAAACACUAUAAUACAGAUUGUAUGUGAAAGAAGGAAAUAAAUAUAGGCUUAUUAAACAUAAUAAAAAAUAGACUUAAAGCUAUUCAGUCAUGUGGAAACAAUUAUGCCUUUGUUGUGUCACAUCUUUAUAAUGAUCCUUUUCAUUACUGUACUUUGUGGUCUGGAAUAGAAUAUGUACCGUUACCUAGUGAAAUGUUUACCUUUGAAAAGAAAAUGCACAUACAAAAAAAAAAAACUUAUUUUGACCUGCCCUCCAUCGUGAAUCUACAAAAGGCAACAGUACUAGUCUAGCACUGCAUGACAAUGUACAAGAGGUUGGAAUCAUUACAUUCGUAUGCCUCACAGGGACACAGAGUUGCCAUUAUUUCUGCAUUGAAUACCACAAACACGACUGUAUAAUGCCAACAAAUGAUGUACACUAUAAUCUUGUCAGUGAUUAUUAAAGUAUAAUUUUA